CAGGGCCGGCAGUAGUGCACAGUGCAGCCGCUGCUGCUCUGCCCUCUACGGCUACGAGUGCGAGGAGCCGAGGACACCUUUCCCUUUCCCUUCCACCUCCCCUCCCCUCCGUCUCUCGUCCCCAUUAAUAUCUAGCCGCCUCUCCCCCCGUCUCUUCUCCAAAACUGUGAGCGAGAGGCAGGGAGUGCGCUCGACGGCCGCCGCCAUUAGUGAUUUAGUGUUGAGAGAGGGAGAGAAUCUAAAGUGACCGGACGCUGUCCUUCCUUGCUGAUCGGCGACACGGUCCAUCCCUCCCUCGCUCGCUAGGGUUCCUUUUCGUCCAUGGAUCAGAGCUUCGGGAAUCUCGGGGCCGGAGCUGGGAGCAGCAGCGGGGGCUCCAACUCCAAGGCGGCGGCAGCCGCCGUGUCCUCCUCGUCUUUCCUGCAGCUGCCGCUGUCGACGGCGUCCCCCGCGUACUACGGCGCGCCGCUCGCGCUCCUGCACCACGCCGCCGCGGCCCCGUCGUCGUCGCAGCAGCACCAGCAGCAGCAGCACCACCACCACUACGCCAGGCACGGCGCCGAGAUGUCGGCAGCGGAGGCCGAGGCCAUCAAGGCCAAGAUCGUGGCGCACCCGCAGUACUCGGCGCUCCUCGCCGCCUACCUCGACUGCCAGAAAGUGGGCGCGCCGCCGGACGUGCUGGAGAGGCUGACGGCCAUGGCGGCAAAGCUGGACGCGCGCCCGCCGGGCCGCCACGAGCCGCGCGACCCGGAGCUGGACCAGUUCAUGGAGGCGUACUGUAACAUGCUCGUCAAGUACCGGGAGGAGCUCACCCGGCCGAUCGACGAGGCCAUGGAGUUCCUCAAGCGGGUGGAGGCGCAGCUCGACUGCAUCUCCGGCGGCGGCGGCUCCUCCUCAGCGCGCCUCUCGCUCGCCGAUGGUAAAUCAGAAGGUGUUGGCUCUUCUGAAGAUGACAUGGACCCGAAUGGUCGCGAGAACGAUCCGCCGGAGAUUGACCCACGAGCGGAGGACAAGGAGCUCAAGUACCAGCUGCUGAAGAAGUACAGUGGCUACCUGAGCAGCCUCAGGCAGGAGUUUUCCAAGAAGAAGAAGAAAGGGAAGCUCCCAAAGGAGGCCAGGCAGAAACUCCUCCACUGGUGGGAGCUGCACUACAAGUGGCCGUACCCUUCAGAGACGGAGAAGAUUGCGCUCGCAGAAUCAACGGGCCUAGACCAGAAGCAGAUCAACAACUGGUUCAUCAACCAGAGGAAACGGCACUGGAAGCCAUCGGAGGACAUGCCUUUCGUGAUGAUGGAAGGCUUCCACCCGCAGAACGCCGCUGCUCUGUACAUGGACGGGCCGUUCAUGGCCGACGGCAUGUAUCGCCUCGGUUCAUGAACUACACACUUCCAUGGACGACUGUGGGGGCCUAUCCAAUCGUCGGACCGUGGGAGUAUAUUUCAGUGUUGCGGUGCAAGGACAUUGUUGUGGAAUUUUUGUUGCUGAUUGCCAAGGGGUGGGUCGGUCGAUGUAGCGUCUAUGCAUGGCUUGUAGUUCUCCUGUAAUGUUGUUGUUAAUUUCCGCUUGGCGGCUUGUAAUCUAGGUGUAUCUCUGGAACUUGAAUCCUGGGUGAUUAAUCCGGCAAGCAGCUGCCUGUUUGU